AUGGCUAUUGUUGUGGCAUCCUUGGGGACCUACCUUGCUCUCAAGCGACCGAGAGGCUGUCAGCCGGCCACACUGGGGCACCUGCAGACUAUUGUGGACCUCAUUGAUGACUGGGCCACGGACCAAAGUGGGCGAAUGUGGUGGGGGGAUAAGCCCGUGGCUCAACUAGAGGAUAAUCAGGCGCGGCAUGCUGGCACAUGCUGGGAUAAGGCAGUGCUUGGCCCCAUACAGAAUACUAAAUAUGCUGGCAAUUGA